AAUAACAAAGCGUAUAAUUAAAGCCGUGAUUAUAUUACAGAUAUUUAAGUCAUUUUACAAGUGUCUCGGUUGUUAUAAACAUUAUUUGUUUCAAUAUCUAAAACAUUCAAAGGGCUGAAGAAUGUAUUGAACAUGCAGUGAGUAAAGUAACUUAUUAGUACAGUAUUAUUUACUGUUUUAGGAGGGAAACUUGCAUUUAUGCUUGGUAGUAACUAGAGUUUCCUUAAAAGAUGGACGCAGUCAAGCGACGGUUGGGCUGUGGUGCAAGGGAAGCCGACCAAAGAAAUGAUCAUACGAGUUAACUGUAAAAAAUAUGAGUAUGUCUGAUCUUGAAGACCCGCUGUACAAGAACUGGGUGCGUUCUGCCCUGAGUCUAAAGUACCUUAAAGAAGGCAUAUAUGGCUUUGUUGACCAAUUUUCAAAACAACAUCAUAGCAACCUUCUUCAAAGUUACAUAAAGGGUACCGGGUCCCCUGCGACCAGUUGCACUGAAUGUACAUCCGAAAAUCUCAUGCCAGAUCAUCCAAGACAUCAAUGUAUUCAAAAAUUUAGAUCCAAGUGUUUCUGUAACAAUCCUGUUGGACGACGAAAAUGUCCUAACAACUUCUGCAGUAGAUUGUAUGACUUAAUUGUUAUUGCUCAUGACGAAAGAAACCCUUUAUGGAUCAAUACGGACCCAGGAAAAUGGUAUAUGGAUCAUUGGGAAAUCGCUAAGUGUUACCUGUCAACUACUGGUUAUUCAGAACAAGGGACAGCUGGAGACACAGACGUUGCUGGCCUAUUGUCAAUUAUUGUGAAUAACAUCGAGAUCCGUAAUUACGUUGAUUUCAUAGAUAAUAUAAGAAAGGUUCGGGAUAUCCGCAAUGAUAUUAUGCAUUCAAAAUCCUUCCAAGUGGAUCAAAGAUCUUUAUAUCAAUAUAUCGAUCAGAUUAUUUUGGUUCUUCAAGAUCCCAAGACAUUAGUCACAGAUGUUGCUGCUCAAAAUGCCGUUGUAAAACUGGAAAAGUUAAAGAGAGAUCAGAUAUACAUAAGCUUAGAAGAUGCUUAUGAAAUGCGGAGACAAGCUUUAAAAGCUGUUGAGGAUGGUAAAAAAGAAAUCGAGAACACUAAGGACGAAGUCAUUCAACAAAUCGAGACGAAGAGACAAGAAAUUCAUGAUGAUUUAGAUUCACACUUUGGACAGCGAUUACUGGAACAAAACAAGGAAAUCAAAGCAGUUACGAUACGUAUGCAAACGGAGAAGAAUGAGAUUAAAAGAAGUUGUCAAACAGCUUUGAACGAAAUUGGAGCCAAGGGGAAGCAGAUUACAGAUAACAUCGAUGCAUACUUUGAAAGUCGACUGGAUGACCAUGAAAAGCAGUCUAAAGACAUUUCUGAUGUUAAAACUCUGAAUUCUUCGCUAACUGAAGAUGAAAAAGGUCUCCAAAGAUAUUUACUAGGAUUUUAUAGAAAGGAAUAUGUUAAGAUACCAGUUUCUCCACUUUCUACAAAAUACAGGAAAAGCGUUGAGGAGCUUUAUGUCCCGUUACAGGCACAGAUAUUUUUCAAACACAAGAAUGUAGCGGCCACCAAACUAGAUGAAGUGUUUCAACAAGACGGUAAAGUCAUGCGCAGCAUUUAUCUUACAGGAGAAGCAGGGAUAGGAAAAUCAACUUUUUGCAGGAAAUUGAUUUCACAAUGGUGCAUUGUUACUGAAAAUGUAGGGAAAAUACCACACGAUUAUAAUCAUGUUUUUGAUGGGUUUGAUGAUUACACGUAUGAUUUUGAGUAUGAGAGUCUAUCCGAUGAUAGUGAUACAUACAGUGAUUAUAGCUCACUAAGUGAUCAAGACCUAAGCACAGAUACAACGGGAAAUGCUUUCUCAAGUCAUAAAAAUAAUCAAGAUCCCCUCAGUUCAGUCGCUAAAAGUUCACAGAUCAACGAAGACGAUACAAAUAAUGUAUCAAUCCAAAUGUUUGAUUUCCUUUUCUUCAUAUCUCUUCGCGAUACUUAUCUAGAGGUUUCCAUUGAAGACAUGGUAGAAAAACAGCUUCUUUUUCAAGAUUCAAAACGUGUCGAAUGUUUUAAAAGCACCAUAAAUAGAAUUCCAGAGAAAUGCCUUUUUAUUCUUGAUGGAUUGGAUGAGUGGACACAACCCAAACCUUUGCCAACACACCCCACUGUCACAAGAGGUUUGCCUUUAAGCUCUGUUAGUGGAAACUAUGUCAAAUUGUUUACGACUCGUAGAUGGAAAUACGAGAGUCUCAGUCCAUGCAUUGAAGAACAUGAAUCAGAAGUUAGAUUGACGGGCAUAGGGAAGACAGCAUCAAAGAUGGUCAUUGAAAAUAUGUUAGUGUCAAAAGAUCAAAUAUUUGCAUUUGAAACGGCAGUUCGUUUGAGCGACGCAAAUGAUUUGGGGUCUAUUCCUCUACUACUCAAAUUACUAAUUUGUUUAUGGCAAGAAAAUUCUAAACUGGAAAAUUCUAAAACAGAGUUGUAUUGUUCAAUUAUAAAUAUUAUGCUUCAUCUGGCUGAAAAGAGAAAUGAUUUGAGUAUUUGUAAUCAGACUCAUGAAUUACCACAAAUGUUGGGGGUGUUUCGUUACAUUAAAGACAAUAGCAACCUUGUUUUCAAGCUUUCGCAAUUUGCAUUUUAUUCAUUGUUUAAAGAACCCUAUGGGUCUACAGUCGUAUUUUCUGAGUUUGAUAUUUCACAGCAAGGUUUGAGUUCAGGAGAAAUUCAUCUUUUUCUCCAAACGGGAAUUCUUACACAAAAGUGUGUAUCAAGUCAAUCAACUUUUAUCCCGAAAACAUCAUUGUCGUUUAUCCAUAAAAGUUUUCAAGAGUUUUUUGCAGCCGUGUAUACUGCUAUUGCUGACAGUGACAGAAAUGAAAUAAGAAACAUUAUUGCCUGCAGAUGCGGUAACACGUUUCAAAUUGUUGAGAUGGCAAAUGUCUUUUACUUCUUAGCAGACUUACACCAAAACUUGUACCAAAAUAUAUUAAAGGAAAUAGCAUCACAAUAUCGUGACAGGGGCAUCUCCUUUGGCCACGAACUGGAUCUCAUGUUGAAAUUAAAUGAAAAAGAUAGUUGUCUUAUUGAUAUAUUCUUAAGAGGUAAUCCAAAAUCCGUUGUGAUAGAAUCAACAAAGUACGGCAUAAAGGAGAAUUUUUUUUCAAGGCAAAACCAACAGCUUCAACUUUUAGAGCUCCGAAGUGUGAAUAUGGCACAUAUUGAAUUCAAGAGAUUGCUGGAAAGUAUUUCAAUGUCAGGAAAAGGAGUUGAUGUCACUCUAAUAUGCAUAGGUUGGAUAGACGAAUAUUUUGAAAGAGAAGUGUUCUUUGUUGAGGUAGGGAACGUAAGAAAAUUGAAAAUUAAAUUCACAAACCUUACUAGAGUGAAAUUUAUGCUGCCUCAAAAUAUUUGUACUGUUAAAUUUACUGAGAAUGACAUGGCAGACAGUGGUUUGAGCACAAUGAUAAAUUCUGUUUCAAAAACAAGAAAUGAUAUUGAAAUGACCUUCCGUCGUAUAAAGUUCAGAAAAUAUAAAUAUACGCAUUGGAAUUCUGAAUGUCCACUUUUGAAUAUCACUAUUAAACCUUGUGAAAUUAAUAAACGCAUCGAAAUAAGGGAAAUAAAAAUUUGUAAAAGUAAUAUUACUCAUACAGGUACAUGUUCUGAUUUGCAGAAUGUACAAUUGAGAGAAUUAACGAUUGAACUUGUUGACCUCGCAAACGUGUCGUUUUCUUCUGAAGAAAUUGACAAUUUUCAUCUGAUAAAAGCAAAAUCACAUGAUUUAGGUAAGUUUAAAGUUUCAAGUGAAAAUCGACAGCUUCAGGUUUUAGAGCUAGAGUGUGUAUGUGUGAAAAUGACAGCAUUCACGUCAUUUCUAAAAAAUAUUCCUAUGUCGAAGAAUGUUGUUGAUGUGACUCUAGUAAAUGUCAUUUGGAUCGAAGAAGACAUAUCCCGAGAGUUUUUGAUUGAUGUAAAAAAUAUAAGGAAAUUAAAAAUUCAAUCUACAAAUCUUACAAAAAUAGAAUGGAAGCUGUCUAAGAAUAUACGUACUGUUGAAUUGAUUGAUUCUACUCUAACAUCCAGAAAUCUGUCUGCAAUAAUCGAAUCAUUUCGAGAUACAGAAGUUGAUGUUGAAUUGAACUUGAAUUAUACAUUGUGCUCUGUAUCCAAAAUAGUACUGAAUCGUUCUCAAAUAAUCGAUAAUGUGACAUUAAAGCAAACCAUGAUAAGCACAGAAAGCGUGUCUCAAGAAAACAUCUGUAAGUUUCAAAGAUGUCCGCUUAACGAGUUAUGGCUUAUAAAUACAAUUUUCAUGGAUGUGGCCGUAAAUUCAAAGGACUUUGACGUUAUCAACUUUGAGAAUGUAAAAAUCAAAAUUAAAGAACUACAGAACAUCCUAGGGGAACAAAUAAUUGGACAUCUUUGUACGGUCUUAGGAAAAUUCAAACAAAAUGAUACCGUUACAUUUACAGGUAGCAAUGCUGAUAAAGUACUUAUAAGUGAUAAUUUUAACCUAAGAUAUGACAAUAAUUGUGCUCGAAUUAAGAUUAGUGUAAAUGACAAUGAAGUGUUAUCCGUGUUUACUAUAUCACCUUCAAUUAUCUUCAAUUUUUCCGCUAUGAGAACAACAUUAAAUAUCAUUCCACGAAUCGAGCAAAUGAAAUUGAAUUUACAGUUUGAAUAUAUUUCUGAUUUGCGUUUUGAAAGAUGUUUAAAAAAUGUAAUACGACUAAUAAGAGACAAUGAUUUCAAAAUAUUUUCUGUAACGAUUGGAUAUACAGAGAAAAAUAAGAAAUUGAAAUAUUUUGAGGCAUAUAUAAAUGAUACAUUAAAACCCACCAAAAUAUAUAACUGUGAAGGACCUGUGAGGAUAUAACGUAUUUCAAGGCUUUAAAGUGUUUAAUUUGAUAUCUUUUGAAUGUAUGUUCUUUUGUAUGUGCAAUAAAUGUUUGUA